GGAGUUCUAGUUCCCGGCGAACCGGUUCAGUUGCAACCAGUUCUUCGCCAAUCAAUUCCUCACGGGCCGUGUUUGUUUUAAGUUAAAAUUAGUAAAUUACCCAAUGCAAUCAGCUUGCCAGGCGAUUCCGUGGUGCGCACCUAGACAAUCGAGUGCUAAUGCUAUUCGUUAAAAUGCCAAAAACCAGCGGCCGUUGAAAAAUCGCUGCCAAAUCGCGCAAAAUGCAUUUUUAACAUCAGCAGCUACGAAAACAGCAACAGCAUUAGCGGCAACAACGAAUCAACGAUUACAGCAACAAUACCAUUAACAACAAAUCAUCAGAAGAAACCGAAGGAAAACGCUCAAAGUCUUGGAGUUGCUCACUGGCCGCUUAGUUUUUUGUUUAUUUUUUAUGUUCGUUUUUGGUGGGCAGUAGGCGACGGGCAAAAGGAAGCGGGAGAAGGAAAAGCGCCGGACACGAAAAACAGGACACAACUCAUCAAUAUUCGAAAAAGCAAUUGAGUCGAGGCAUCAAUUCAUCAAUUAUUCAAAAUGACCGAAGACGAAAUUCUCUUUGACGACGUCUACGAGCUGUGCGAGGUCAUUGGCAAAGGACCUUUCUCCAUCGUAAGGCGAUGCAUACACAGGGAGUCCAAUCAGCAGUUUGCCGUCAAAAUCGUUGAUGUGGCCAAGUUCACAGCGAGUCCUGGACUGAGCACAGCGGAUCUGAAGCGCGAGGCCACAAUAUGUCACAUGUUAAAGCAUCCGCACAUUGUGGAGCUGCUGGAGACGUACAGUUCCGAGGGAAUGCUUUACAUGGUCUUCGAGUUCAUGGAGGGCUCCGACUUGUGCUUCGAGGUUGUGCGGCGUGCUGUUGCCGGUUUUGUCUACAGCGAGGCGGUUGCUUGUCACUAUAUGCGGCAAAUCCUGGAGGCACUGCGCUAUUGUCACGAGAACGACAUCCUGCACAGGGAUGUGCGUCCCGCCUGCGCUCUCCUCGCCACCGUCGACAACUCGGCGCCGGUGAAACUUGGCGGCUUCGGAUCGGCCAUUCAGUUGCCCGGCACCCGGGAAACCAUAGAAACACACGGACGGGUAGGAUGUCCGCAUUAUAUGGCGCCAGAGGUGGUGACCAGGCGGCUUUACGGCAAAGGCUGCGAUGUUUGGGGUGCCGGAGUGAUGCUGCACGUCCUGCUUUCGGGCAGAUUGCCCUUCCUGGGAUCCGGAGUGAGGUUGCAGCAGUCAAUAGCUCGCGGUCGGUUAUCGUUUGAAGCACCGGAGUGGAAAUCAAUCUCGGCGAACGCCAAGGACUUGGUCAUGAAAAUGCUGGCCGCCAAUCCACAUCACAGACUCUCCAUCACCGAGGUGCUGGAUCAUCCAUGGAUACGGGACCGGGACAAACUACAGCGCACUCACCUGGCGGACACGGUGGAGGAAUUGAAGCGCUACAAUGCCCGGCGCAAGCUAAAGGGUGCUGUUCAGGCCAUCGCAGGAGGCACCAACAUGGAUCCGCUAUACGCCACCGAUGCGGACAUGCCCAUAACCGGCGCCACGGACGAGUGGGCCGACGAGGAAGCGGGCAUCGAGGCAGUGCAGCGCAUCUUGGACUGUCUGGACGACAUAUACUCGCUGCAGGACGCACACGUUGACGCCGAUGUGCUGCGGGACAUGCUGCGCGACAACAGGCUGCACCAGUUCCUGCAGCUAUUCGACAGGAUCGCGGCGACAGUGGUGACCAGCAAUGGCAGAGCACCGGCUGCCGAGGCCGUAGGCCGAUGUCGCGAUGUCCUGGAGCUGCUCUCAUCGACGUCCGGCGGCAACUCACUGGGCGGCAAGUAUGCCAAGGACGAGCUGUUGCAGCUACUGGCCGCCCCCCACAUGCAGGCUCUGCUCCAUAGCCACGAUGUGGUGGCCCGGGAUGUCUACGGGGAGGAGGCGCUGCGCGUCACCCCGCCCCCGAUGGUGCCCUACCUCAAUGGCGACGAGCUGGACAACGUCGAGGGCGGCGAACUGCAGCAUGUGACCCGGGUGCGACUGGUGCAGUUCCAAAAGAACACGGACGAGCCCAUGGGCAUCACGCUGAAGAUGACCGAGGACGGGCGGUGCAUUGUGGCCAGGAUUAUGCACGGCGGGAUGAUUCAUCGCCAGGCCACGCUGCACGUGGGCGACGAGAUACGAGAGAUCAACGGCCAGCCGGUGCAGCACCAGUCGGUUGGCCAAUUGCAACGAAUGCUGCGCGAGGCACGCGGUUCUGUUACCUUCAAGAUAGUUCCUUCGUACCGCAGCGCUCCGCCCCCCUGCGAGCUUUUCAGGAUCAGACCCGCUCCGGUGCUUAUAUUCGUGCGCGCCCAAUUCGAUUAUAAUCCGCUGGAUGAUGAGCUUAUACCCUGCGCCCAGGCGGGCAUAUCGUUCCAAGUGGGCGACAUACUGCAGAUCAUUAGCAAGGACGAUCAUCACUGGUGGCAGGCGCGACUGGACACGGUGGGCGGAUCGGCCGGACUGAUACCGUCGCCGGAGCUGCAGGAGUGGCGGAUCGCCUGCCAGACGGUCGACAAGACCAAGCAGGAGCAGGGAGAACCGGGUGCUGGAUGUUCCGCUCACGCAGAUGGGUGUGAUGGAUCAGCAGUUAACUGCUCCAUCUUCGGGCGCAAGAAGAAGCAAUGCCGGGACAAAUAUCUGGCCAAGCACAAUGCCAUCUUCGACACGCUCGAUGUGGUCACGUACGAGGAGGUUGUCAAGGUGCCAGUUGGCGACCCGAACUUUCAGCGCAAAACGUUGGUGCUCUUGGGUGCACAUGGGGUGGGCAGGCGACACAUCAAGAACACCUUGAUAUCGAAGUACCCCGACAAGUACGCCUAUCCCAUACCACAUACAACGAGACCUGCCAAACCCGAGGAGGAGAACGGACGCAGCUAUUACUUUGUCUCGCACGAUGAAAUGAUGGCGGACAUCGGUGCGAAUGAGUACUUGGAAUACGGCACCCACGAGGAUGCCAUGUAUGGUACCAAGUUGGACACCAUCCGACGGAUUCACACCGAGGGCAAGAUGGCCAUAUUGGAUGUGGAGCCGCAGGCACUGAAGAUACUCCGCACCGCCGAGUUCACGCCCUAUGUCGUGUUUAUAGCGGCGCCCUCACUGCAGAACAUAGCAGAUUACGACGGCAGCCUGGAGCGACUGGCCAAGGAGUCGGAGAUGCUGCGCCAGCUAUACGGUCACUUCUUCGAUCUGACGAUUGUGAACAACGACAUUAGCGAGACGAUUGCCACGCUGGAGACGGCCAUCGACCGGGUGCACACCACCCCGCAGUGGGUGCCCGUAUCCUGGCUGUACUGACAAGACAGCGAACUGGAAUGCCCCGACUGCCUCGAGGGCUGUGAAUGCGAGUGGGAAGCCUACACACAGGCCUCCAACGUAGCCCUAUACUGAGGCACAGAUGCAGAUGCGCACGACGAUGCAGAUACACGCCACAUCACCACACCACCACACCAUUAAAGUAUUACCAAGGCACAAGCAACAGCAACUGAAGAAGCAACACAGCAACCACUACGAGAGAUGACAGUCAGGACUGGAGGAUAGAAGGCGCCUGGCGCCGAGCUAUAUAAUUUAAGAAUAAAUGGGUAUUAUGGGAACUGCGGUCGCAACGCAAUGACAAAAGUGUGUGUUAAACGACAAACAACCAUUUGUAUUUGCCUCUUAUUUGUUUUCUGUUUUAACAGUAUGUUUAUUUUGUAUUAAUUUUAAUCGAUUGUAUUUGCCAUUCCAUGCUCAAUGUGUUAUAUUUUACGAUUAUUGUUUUGUUGUAUUUGUUUUAUUCAGCAUUUAGUCAAAAGAGCAUUAAACGCUUAUGUAAAUCUUGCACUUGUUAGUGUCUAAGUUAACUGGAGUUAGACAAAUCGAAACCGAAGCACUCCAAAUUGUUUUUACCUAAUGAUUAUUUCCGGUAAGAGUCUUGUGUGCAGGUAGGGCGUCGAACGAGUUAGUAAAUUAUAGAGAAACUACGUAAUUAAAUAUAAUUAAACAUAGACACAAGGAGACACAACAGCAAAAAGAACACGAAGAACAGAGAAAAAUAAACAAAUUACGAUGUGAGCAAUUUCAAGUGUUUCAAGCCAAGUAAGAACUAAUUAAUAACAUAUGGAAGAUCAACUGAAGACAGUGGUGAAGCAAAGUGCACGUUUUAAAUGCAAUAAAAAGAAAGGUAACAGAAAAACAAAAAAUAUAAUUAAUUCAGAUCACAACACUUACACACGGAGGAAAAAGGAAAAAAAAACAUAUAAAACCAAAAUACCAAAUUGUUGACGUUUAAUUGAAUUCCAUGAGAAACGAGUAAACCACAAAAAAAUGCAAUCAAACAUAAUAAAACAAAAAAUACAUAAUAAUAAUUGCAGCCGCGUUUAAUUCAAGCAAAAGCAAAGUAAACAAAUGGAAAAAACAUAGAGUGAGCACAAAACACACAUACUAACUGCAAUUACGAAUUAAAAUAAUUAGCGAAAGGAUGAGGAGAUUGCAGGUCAACGCAAAACAGGCAGAUAAACGUAUAAAUAUAUAUGACAAAAACAAGAUGAAAGUAGGAAAUUCAGAAAAUAUGUAUACACAACACAUAUAUAUAUUUUUCGAACAACUCAAACUCAGGUUGGAUACAUUGAAAAUCAGUCAAGUUCAAUAAGAAUAAUAUAGCGGAGCGCUUCCUUUUAACCCACAGCCAAAAACGAGAACUCAACAAGGAGACCCAAAACCGAAUCGAAUCGAAUAAGAUCCUAAGUCGCUUUGCAUUGAAUUGAAUUGAAUUGAAUUAAUCGUGAACCCACUGGCCCAGUAACCACCCAAGCAAGCAGCAGCUUCAAAUUUUCGAGAUACUUUACAAUGACACCGACAAACUGUCUUAGCAAUGAAGAAACCUGGCAUUUUUUUUAGUGCAGCUUCAUGAUCAGCAACCAGCGCUCAGUAUUUCCGCUUUUUCCCUCACCGUAGUCCUCACAUGGUAGAGAUUCAGUUCCGAAAGAAUAUUUGUAAUUUUAAAUUAGCUUCCCUAAUGACAUAGAGCUUCUGAGAUGGACGAAACAGAAACAGAAUUUAGACUACGACUGCGGAGUGCACUAGCAAUCACAUACUACAUGUAGUUGAUGAGCCCCAAGAACACGUAGUUACUUUGGGUUAAGAUCGAAUCGAGGAUAUGUCACACACACUGGAGAUCGAACUUAGUAGUUAACCAACACACAUUUGUAUACACGUGCCACACAAUUAUCUAGCUGUCCCUCAAAACAAUUUAAGCCUGAGCUUAUAUUCGAGCCCAACCACACGACCCACUUGAAUUUCCCAACCGCACACCACACAAGUUGAAGAACAUACUUAUAUCCAGAACAAUUCUAUGGUUUCAAAAUGGUUGAACAAUUUUGCAUAGAGUAUUAUCGUUAGACGCUGGGCUAUAACUUUUCGGUUCUGAGCGUGGAUGAAGAUGAGAUGAAGAUAGCAGCAAUGAAGUUAAGGAGAGGCAAUGCAAAUCAUAGAAGUAUCCCAAAAAAAGAAGAACAACCGAACCUACCCGAAAAACUGAAGAACUAACUACCUACCCACAACCACAAAUGCAGCCAAGUGGCCAAAUUAACUAAGUAUUAUACCUUAAAGCGAACGAUAGAUUGAACGAACGGACGAGACGAGGUGAGAUGAGAUGAGAUAGGAGGAGGAACCUUAUAGAAGACACGGCUUGAGAUGAUGUAUGUACAUUUUGAAGCUCCCCCAACCAGGCUAAGGGUGCCAGAAAACACCAAAAUCGAUGAAAUGAUUAGGAAAAGAAUGCUCAAAUCAAAAUCUUAUAUUUUACGGUAUUACAAUGAUUAGGAACGAUUGAAAUGAAUUGGAAAUGGGGGGUUAACAAAACGAUACCGACAGGAGUAUCCCGAGAUUGAGCUAGGAUUUCGAAGGAUUCGUUUCGUACUUUUACUUGAUCCUUUUUUCUUAGCCGAUGCGAGCAGAUUGUAGCUGUACUCUAAGAAUAAUUUCACACUAAGAUUAAGUAAAAAUUUAUUGUUGAUAUUACAUAAAAAAAAAGGAAAAGGAAGACGCAGAAGUGAGAUGAACACGGUCGCGUAAACCACAUGAAUUAGAAUUUUUCUCUAAUUUCAUAAGUCAAUGAUCAUUAUGAUGAUGAUGAUAUGAUACCGAGGGUAACGAUGGUGAAGAUGAGUUGAAAAUGCUUAUGAUCUCCAAUGUCAAUAUGUGUAGAUUGACGCGAUUUGAGCUAAUUGAGUGAAUUGUUAUUAUAAUAAUAAAUGAAGUGAAAUGAAUGGAUCGGCAGAUCGAUCGAUCGUUUGGGGCGCAGAAGGCCGCGGUGUUAGUAAAUAUCAUUUAAAAUAAAUGAUAAAAAUGUCAUUAUAUAUACAUAGUUUAAACAUGGGAUUAAUAAUAAUAAAUUAAAAUGAGAAAGAACCGACGAAACUGGAAUGAGAAUUAAAUAAAAACGAGUAAACACUGAAAUACCGAAUUUUAAAUACAUAAGUUUUGAAUCAUGCAUGCUGCAAAGACAAAGCAAAACCCACACAGAAACCGAAACAAAAGUAAUAAAAUGAACUUCUAUAUAUGAAAAGAGAAAAAUAUACGAGAGAUACAAUUUCAA